AUGGUGCAAACUAACACGGAAGUUCCAUCUAACGAGACGUCUUUCGGGCCAGAUACAAAAUGCAUAGUCAAAGUCCCCAAACCAUACUAUUUAGAGAAUAACAAUCCGAGACGCAUGCUGCUUAAUCGUGUUGCUGGAGCCCGGCUGUGGAACUUGGCGAGCUGGUGCACAAGCGUGUCUUGCGUAAUAAUUGCAAAGCUUUUUCUGAACUUUUGCACAAAGUCGGCUGUCGUUCAUAAUGAGGAACCUUUUGUCCGUAUUUUACUGGAUCCUAAUCGAACUAGGCCCAUAUUGACGGAUUACAUGCCUUGUACUACGGAAGUAAUAAUGGCACGAGCUGAUUUUCCAUUCCUUAGAGUCGAUGAUCCGUUGUUGUGGGGAAGCCUACCAAUGUCAGUUUACAAGAGUUUACGAACAAUUCGUUGGACACUUGGUGCGCAGGAAAUUUGUUUUACCAACCCAGCACUUUCUUAUUUCUUUUCGCUCGGCCGCGUUGUUCCCACAGUGCGAGGGGCAGGCAUACACCAACCAGCCAUGAAUUAUGCAUUGGAUAGGCUUAAUGAUGGUGAAUGGGUACAUAUUUUCCCAGAAGGAAAAGUCAAUCAAACUGCUAGCUUGAUACGAUUUAAAUGGGGAAUUGGGCGAUUACUGAUGGAGACGCAUAAUUUACCCAUAGUUGUACCAUUAUGGCACAAAGGUCUCGAGGAUGUUAUGCCCGAAGAAAGAGAUAAUCCGUUUAUUCCGCUUAUUGGUAAAGAUAUAAAAAUUUUGUUUGGUGACCCAAUAGACUUGAAAGAACUUCUCGCGGAACUACAGGAAGUAGACGAAACAACCACUCGGAUUCGAAUUACCGAUAUAAUUUUCCGUGCCAUGGAUGAAUUGCAAAGGAAGGCCUGCGCAAUCGAGGUUGAGGAAUCGAAAACUAGAUAA